AUGGACAACUUAGCUGCACUGUGUGCUCUGACAGAUGCAUCAAAUGCAAGACAGCGCGUGAUGCUGCGGGGCCUGCAGAAAGUACGGUGAUCAACCGUGGUGAUUUGUGGGCUAACCAGAUAAGAUGCCAUUGUUUAGAUGACAGACUGGCAAACGUGGAAAGCGGCGCGUGCUGCAUCGUUCGGCCGGGGAGCAUAUUUCAUCGACACAACAAACCCCCGAUCACAUGCCACCUGGAUUAUUAUCGCGUGUGCUUCGACUCACCUUUCGAAAACCAGCCGGAUCAUAAAGAUGCAGAAUGCUAAAGGACACGCCAGAUAGAGGUCCUCCGCUUGCGGGAACGUUGCUUCAUCUGUGUUUUUUAAGUCAGCCCAGGUUACAUUGUGCGGGAGCCAGAACCUCUCGUUCCAAAACCACGCCAAAAUACCGGCCAUCUCCCUGCAGCAGGACACCGUGACCGGGUGGAAAGAGAAAUCGACGGCCCGCUGUAUCCCGGAGGUCCCUCACAGGCGAUCUGACCGUGCAGACUCGGUUGAUGUUGAGAUAUCCGUUCGAGAUCCCCGUCCGUCCGCCCGCUUCCCCCCUCAGCUAUUCCAGUGUAGGGAAGUAGACUCAAUCAGCUCCUCAGCAAGUGAUUGGUGCGUUGAAAUGUCAUGCAGUACAGUCGGUGUGCGUUAUGCCGCUGGCGCAGAAUCAUCCUCAUCAUGGCGGAUCAAGGCGAAGCUCCGGCUCCUGUCCUCCACCCGCAACCAGCGCUGACAACCAGCUGGCCAAUUACCAGGGAGUCGUACGAGCUGCAGGAAGUCAUAGGCAGCGGGGCCACAGCUGUGGUGCAGGCGGCCCUCUGUACCCCCAGACAGGAGCGCGUCGCCAUAAAGAGAAUAAACCUGGAAAAAUGCCAGACCAGCAUGGAUGAGUUAUUGAAAGAAAUCCAGGCAAUGAGCCAGUGCAACCAUCCCAAUGUUGUCACCUACUACACCUCCUUUGUGGUGAAGGAUGAACUUUGGUUAGUCAUGAAGCUUCUGAGUGGAGGCUCUAUGCUGGAUAUAAUUAAGCACACAAACAAAGAUGAGGACAGAAAUCGAGCGCUCGAUGAGCCUAUAAUUGCUUCUAUAUUAAAAGAAGUCCUCGAAGGCCUGGACUAUCUGCACAGAAAUGGGCAGAUUCACCGGGAUGUGAAAGCUGGGAACAUACUACUUGGAGAAGAUGGAUCUGUUCAGAUUGCAGAUUUUGGAGUAAGCGCAUUCCUAGCCACAGGUGGAGAUAUGACUAGAAAUAAAGUACGAAAGACCUUUGUUGGCACGCCAUGUUGGAUGGCGCCGGAGGUGAUGGAACAGGUUCGAGGCUAUGAUUUCAAAGCAGAUAUAUGGAGCUUUGGAAUUACAGCCAUAGAGUUAGCAACAGGCUCUGCACCCUAUCACCGCUACCCUCCCAUGAAGGUUUUAAUGCUUACCCUACAGAAUGAUCCGCCCACUCUAGAGACGGGAGUAGAAGACAAGGAAAUGCUAAAAAGAUACGGCAAAUCGUUUAGAAAGCUAAUAACUAUGUGCCUCCAGAAGGAUCCUGCCAAAAGGCCUACGGCCGCAGAGCUUUUGAAGUGUAAAUUAUUCCAAAAGGCCAAGAACAAAGAAUAUUUGGUUGAAAAGCUUUUGUGUCGCGCCCCAAAGAUUUCCCAGAGAGCGAAGAAGGUGCGGAGAGUCCCAGGCUCCAGCGGCCACCUGCACAAGACAGAAGAUGGAGACUGGGAGUGGAGCGACGACGAGCUGGACGAGAGCAGUGAGGAGGGUAAAGCCGCGGUGAAUCAGGGCAGGUCACGAAGGGUCAGAGAUGAGGCCAAAGAUAAUGAGGAGAAUGCCAACAAUGUCCCUAUUGAAGGGUUGUCUAUUCAGCAUCCCCAGGUCGAACCGUACGGGAACAGACCCUACAUUGAAGGUGCUGUGAACAUGGUGCUACGGCUAAGGAACUCUAGAAAGGAGCUUAAUGACAUCCGGUUUGAAUUCACUCCUGGCCGAGACACAGCUGAAGGCGUUUCCCAGGAACUGAUCUCGGCUGGCCUGGUCAACGGGCUUGAUGUUGUAGUUGUUUCUGCGAACCUUCAGAAGAUUGUAGAUGACCCAACUACCUACAAAGUAUUGACCUUUAAGCUGGCUUCUGGCUGCGACGACAUGGAGAUCCCGGACGAGGUGAAGCUGAUCGGCUUUGCACAGCUAAGCGUUAGCUGAUGCCCUCUUCAUGCCUGAAGCAGGUGAGACAGUGGGGAGACAGUUCAGGGCAGACUGAGGAACAUGCCAUCACUUCCUGCAACAUCUUCCCAAGCACCCUACCUGAAAACACACACCCCCCCCUCCUCCCUCACUCCUUUUCACCUUCCCUGACCCCCAAGCUCGGCCACCGCCCCACCUACACCUCCUUAGCGCCAACUUCCCUGCUUACUGUCCCCUGACCUUUAACCUUAAAAACAUUCCACAACCUAGCGCACAAAGCGGGAUCAGGAGACAGCCCAGGAACUUAAAGAUGUACUCAGGUGGUGACAUAAGGUGAUUGAGAUGUAGCUUUGAAUGUUUUAUUUAUUUUUUUCUUUUACUUGUUUUACAUCACAUUACCUUAGUGUUCAGCGAAGGUAAUGAGGUAAUGAGAAGGUAUUUUUAUGAUGUUUCUCGUGCUGUUUUGUUGCCAUAGUGAAAACAAAUUGACUGGCAUCUCACAAACGCACUCAUUUGUGAAGUUUCCCUGGGGUCUUUGACAGAAUGUAAGAUUUAGUUAAUUUAUGGGGGGAAAGCACAUUUUCACAAUAACAUAAUGAAUGUCUAAAAAGAGAAUGAGUUGUAUUUCUGUGUCAAGACCUGUUUUACACUGACAAGAAGGGUACCGUAUGCUUGAGAGUGCAGGAAAAAAAUAGAAGAGACCUGAAUGCUACUGUGUUUAAUUUGCUGCUCUUGACAGUGCUAAUGCUUCAAAAUGUUAGAGGUGCCUUGUUCAUUUUUCUGUGCCUAAGAAAGUAGACAAUGAGUGAGCGUACACAAAGAGCAGAACCUGCUGAUUACCAUUUCAGUUCGAGUCAAGUAUUUUAACUUAAUGAGACAAGCUACAAUGCACUUUUGGGCUUAGUGUGUGCACCCAACAAGCAGAUGCUUAGCCCCUGGAGACGAGUUUAACUUGUGUGCUUUUGUCAUCAGACAAAUGAAACACAACAGAACCUGUAGUCAUGUCAUCAGCUCUGGUUGACGUGUAUUCAGAUGACAAAACCACAAGAGUUUAAUUUUCUUGCACUGUCCUGCUGCACUACAAAACCCCUUGUUCCCAAAAAAAUGUAGUAGUUGCUAAAAUGUACUGUAUGACAAUGCAUCUGGAGAUGAAACCAAAAGGCAACUAUUGAAAGGGUGACAAGCCAUUUGUUUGUCCAAACUAGUCCAGCUCUAAAAUAUUUUUAAGUAUUGAGAUGGUAAAUAUUAACUUCUACUUAAUUCUUUAUUAUGAAGUAAUUUAUUGUGUUUUCUAUGUACAGUAUGUGUCCCAUUUCAGCAUAUAACCCUUGUUCCCUCUCUAUAAUCAGUUGAUGUCAAAUUUCUGACGAAGAGCCACAAUAAAGAAUUGCUAUUAUUUAAAAAUCAAAAGUG